CCUUUGACCUGUAUUUGUGCUCCACAGCGCGGCGCGUUCAGCACUGAGGGAGGAGCGCGAGUCGCUGCGAGCGCGUGGCGUGGACACGGAGGGCGAGAUUUGCUCAUAACCUGCGGAGAAAAACAGCUAAAUAAAUACAUAUAGCGGAGUAUUAAGAACACUUGUUUUAACUUAGCACAGCGUUUUUUAGUUUAAUCAAGGAAAAAUAAGCAAAGAAAUUAAUUCAUGUGCAGGACAAAAGUGCGCGGAGGACUAGAGGGACUAGUUUAACGCGAGAGAGCAACACGUAUCCGGUGCGCUCCUGAAAGAGAGAGAGAGAAAGAGAGAGAGAGAACGAGAGAGAGAGAGAGAGGUGGGGGAGAAGAAAACACAAGAAGAGUUGCUCACAAGUGGAAGCGGGAAGAUAUAUACUCAUAUUUUUCCGCCUUUCUGCACGAAGACGCGCCUUUACCCGAGGAAUUAUGAGGAACAUUUGGAUGCUAUUGACCCUCGGCUUGACUGCCUUCCUGUCGGGGGAAAGGAUGGAAAGAAUGACGAGGCUGAUAUUGGUCUCAGCGGCAAAGUCUCUGGCCUCUGACGACCUGUACCUGGAGGACACAGGUUCUGGAGGAUACCCUGAAGAUGACGAUGACUUCAGCUCUGGAUCAGGCUCAGGUGCUGGAGAGGAAGUGGAGCAACCGGUCACAGUAAACACACUCUUCAUAGCACCUAAAGCAGAGCCCACACAGGACAGCACCAAAGACUUCACACCCAGAGUGGAGACCUCCACAUCCCGGGGUGCCCCAAGAGAAAUGCCCAGGAAACCUGUCAGGACGGAGCCCCCAGUUCCUGUCACAGAAGACCUUCGUAGGAAUCCUCCGACCAGCACCACCAGCUCCCCCCGUUCCCCAGGGGAGCCAUCUGAGGUGCUCUCUGAAAAUCUCUUCCAGAGGACAGAGGUUCUGGCAGCUGUCAUCGCAGGUGGAGUUAUUGGCUUCCUCUUCGCCAUCUUCCUCAUCCUCCUGUUGGUGUACCGCAUGAGGAAGAAGGAUGAAGGCAGCUACGAUCUCGGAGAAAGGAAGCCCUCCGGAGCAGCCUAUCAGAAGGCUCCCACCAAGGAGUUUUAUGCAUAGACCCUCCCUCAGCCCCGCCUCCCCUCUCCCCCAGUCUCGUAAGCCAAGCUUCACCAACCACGAUGACAGUCUCAUAUCGAAGACGACGACGACGACGACGACAACGAAUACAUUCACAUAAAGAUUUAAAAGAAAGUGAAAACUACAUUUGAGGAACAUAAAUAACAUAAAGGAAAGCUUUUGCGUAGAGUAUUGUCAUUAAGUCCUUUUUCUUUCACUCUUUUUUUAAUGAAAAGCCAAGCAAUGCUCAUUUUGCAGUAAAUCUCCGUGUAUUUAAACUUUUAUUGUGUAUUAUUUUGAAAAAAAAAAAAGGCUGAAAAGACAAAAACCACAAUCUGUAAAGGUGAGGAAUCUGCAUCUGUCUUCUGUCAAAGGAGCUGUUUUUAGUCGCUGACUACUUUUUAACUGUAGCAGUAUGUAUUUGUAAAGAAAAAAAAAACAAUUUAAAGUGGAAAUAAUUGAAUAUAAUUGUUCUGUAUCGAUCCUGUUUUCAUUUUCACCAUUAUUUUGUCUUAGCAUGUCUGAUGUUGAUCUUAAAAGUGUAUUUCAUUAAUUUAUCUUUUCUCUGGUGUUUAAAAAUGCCUUUCUGUAGAUUUCAAUGAGCUCUUUUUGUCUCUGGAUUAACAACAUUUCGCCAUCAAUGUAAAUGUUCUCCCUUAAAGUUACAAUGUUUAUUAUUGUUAUUAUUACUAUUAUUACAAUUAUUAGAACUAUCAUUAUUAUUAUUAUUAUUAUUAUUAAGCUCUCACAUCAACAUGGUCUUGUGAAAUUUUACAAUGGAAUUGUGGUUUCUUUGCAUAGCGUUAGCUGCAUAUGUAAGCUUUGUAUUUAGCUUCAUAUGUCUCUUUAUGCUUAGCUGGUCAUUGGACUUGGACACUGACAUGUCAAAAGUCAUGGGAUGGGAACUAGUAUAUGUGUGUUUGGGGUCUGUUGCAUUGAAUGUGGAUGUGAUUCCUGACAGAAUCACUUGCUAAUUGUUCACAUGGGCAGUUUUAGUCAGAUGCCACUGGCCACGAUCAUUACCACCCACUGUUCUGUCUACUGUGAGCAGUAACGUUACCUUUUAUGAUGUAUUCCCACCUACUACACACGUCACACUGUGAAUCGAAUUGAGGAAUGUUAAAUGCUCACACAACUUUGGAGAUGGAGUGUCGUAUCCAUCUGACUCCACUAUCAGGCCUUGCUCCUACUCCCAUAGUUAACUUACAUUGGUGUGGAUGUUCCCCAAUCAUCCUUUGAGGUAACUUUAGCAACUUUUGGCAUGUCAGUGAGUGUAUAAGUGAGAGAUAUAACAAAAUAGCAAAAAUGUAUCCACAUAAAGCUGGAGAGGUUGUAUAAUUUACUUUAAUCUGAUCUCUUAUGGUACUUGUCGGUGCUUGUCAGUUUAAGCUAUAUGGAGUCGUGCAUACAAUCCAUACAAAUUGUUGCCCACCCCCUUAACCCAGCUGACCCACCUCUUUGUUUUUAGCUCAGUGAUACUGUCCCAAUACUGUCUCUCAGCUUCUGUUAUCAUGGCUUCCACCUGUGAUGCUUGUGUCCAUUGCAGUUUCGCCUUGAGGUUCAGUGGAGAGGGAUGGGGUUUGUUCCCUGCGGAUGGAAAAUACUUGCUCUAUGUUCCGACACGUUUAAGUCACGUCUGUGGUGAGGAGGAAAUAGAAUACGUGUAUUACAGAAAACCUCACUCGCCUGUAAAGAGGAUCGCUGAUGUCAGCUUGGUGGAGCGUUUAGUCUAAGAGAUCUAAGAUAUCAUCUGGAAAUUUAGACUAUAGUGAGGUGACUCACUGUACAGCAUACAUUCUUUGGGCUUUGCUUAGGCUGAGCUGUCCACACGUCCUGAGGUCUGAUUUUGAUGCCGAGACCCAGUUGAUGCGUGGUUUUCGCAUAUGGCUCAGCGUAUGCCAUCAGACAUGUAAGUGUCCUUUUGACAAAUGCUCUGAGGCUCCUUUUGAGAAAGGUAUGCGUUUCCUGUCUGCGCUGAUUCAGGCCAAACAAAAAAAAGGCCUGGUUUAUUACAUGUCCAAAAUGGAUCUUGUCGAACCUCUUGGGCUCCAGGCUCUCUUGGAGGUCCAGGAUGUGGAGUAUUCUCCAACUCUUGUUUACCUUCUGGUGCUGAUCAUAUGAAGGCCAGUAAGUAACCGUCUGUUUUUGUUCCUCACCUCCCCCCCACUCCCCCACCGUGCGGAUCCAUAUGAACUCCACAGGUCAUGAAGGCACGCUCCUCCCUAAUGAACUCCACACACGUUCACUCCUCUCACUUCCUCGUCUUCUCGUUGUACCAAGCUGUUGCCAACCCCCUCUUGAGUGACUUUCCAGGCCUCAAACAUUAUGUAGCUCAGCUGGAGGUGAACAAAGGAAGGCACUGGAAACUAAACAAACAAGCAAACCCAAAGACUCAUAGGAUUCCCACGUCGAUGUGUCAUAUUCAUAUUCCCUUUGGCCACAUUUGAGUUUUUCACAUUUACUGUAUGUUUUUCCUUUUUCUUUAUUUUUUUUAGAUUUAGGAUGAUUUUUUUCUAAUCAAAGACCUGACCAUCGAGUCCAAUUGCUUAUUCAUAUAUUUAAAAAAAACUAUAUAGAAAUAUAUAUAAAUGUAUAUUCACAAAAUGUUUUAAACCUUCAAAGUGCCUACCAUUUGGAAAUGUGCUUGUGUAUGUCUCGGUUGAAGGCGGUGUGUGUGUGUGUACAUCAGAAUGGCCAGAGUGACUGGUCUUGUGUAAGCACAGCUGACUGUAAUGGUAACUUUUUUUUAGUCUUACAAAAUGCAGACAGUAUUGUAUCUAUAAGUUGACACUACUGAAUAAACAUUGUGGCCUAAUUUUGA